UCAUAUUCAGCGCACCUCAGCUACAUGUACAAUACAGUGUAUAAGGUAAACUCUUGUCCAGUGUCCGUCCGUUUUUCCUUUCUGACUUUUAUCUCAAUUGUCACGACUGACGUACAUAUAUAGCACAAAACUAUCCCAUGGUAUUAUGAAAAUAAAAGGAAAAAAAACUCUCUCAGAAGAAAUAUAAUAAAAGUGUAAAAUUGGGCUCCAGAUGUAACACAAUAUGCUAUUAAUCAACUGUUUUUCUUCAUACAGACAUAAAAAAAGAACAUUUGUUUAGACACACGGGAAAUAACUCUAUUUCAGUUUGCUGUCAAGUGACCGCAUUGCAAGCAAGAUCAGCCAUGUUAGAAUCGGAGGGUUAAAACAAAUUAUAUAGAUACACGAGCUGUUUAACGUACUCGCCUCCAAAUUGAUGUCAACCGGUAGAGGUGAAACAGUGAAAUAAAACUUCCAUGUUCAGAAAACUAUGGAUCCCCAAAACAGUGCCCAGGAUGUGCAUCGAUGUGACCUUUGUGAGACCGCCAUAGUACACAGCUACUGUGACUUUUGUCAUGUCAACCUCUGCAUGCUCUGUGUAAUAGAUCACAUCUCCGAUGGAUAUGAUGGAUAUGACAAACAUGAAAUAGUUCCUUUUCAGGAACGACUACCAACCCUCAUUUAUCCGAAAUGUAGAACGCAUUCACAAAAAAAUUGCGAAUUUCAGUGCAAAGAUUGCGAUGAAAUAUUGAUUUGUUCUUCUUGUACGGCAUCUGCACAACAUAGAGGGCAUACAUUCCUAGAAGUGUCAGAAGUUUACAAUACAAAGAAAGAAAUUUUGGGAAAAGAUACAAAAGAAUUCCAAAACAUCAUUUCUCCUACAUAUGAAGAAAUUGCACUUGAUUUGGAAAAUCAGCUUGCCAACCUGGAUGGAGGAUAUGAGAAACUUACAACAACAAUGUCCAAACAAGGAGAGCAAUGGCACAGAGAAAUCGACAUCACCAUCAAUAAAAUGAAAACUGAAAUCAGCGAGAUAAAAAUAAAACACAGAGACAUUCUACAGAAACACUUGGAUGGAAUUAAACAGAUACAGUCUCUCAUAAAAGAAGCAUUACAUACCUUAAAGGAAAUGGAAUAUUCCACGGAAGUAUUUCCAAUCAUUGAAUACAGUUCUAAGGUCAGAGAGUUUAGCAAGCUUCCACCCAAGGUCCAGGUAUCGCUGCCAACAUUUAUUUCAAAACCAAUAGAUCGCGAGAAGCUGUGUAGUUUGGUUGGACAGAUCACCCCAUUAUCUACUGCUACAGAAGAAAAUACCUGGUCACCUAACCAACCAAACACUUCAGUUAGAGAACUACUGGAUGAACCAGAGCUUGUUGCCACAAUACAGACUGGGUAUGAAAAACAACGCAAUGUUACCUGUCUUAAAGAUGGUAGUAUAUGGACGAGUGGAAUGACCAAUGGUAUCAAAUGCUUCAAUACUAAAGGUUCACUUCUCCAGACAGUCAAAAUAAAUGCAGAAAAAGGGCCAAAUGAUAUAGCUGUAGACACUAAUGGUGAUCUAUUAUUAUUGCUAUUAUCCAAUUGGACAGCAGGGAAAGUAAAUAAAAUAAAGAAUGGACAUACAGAAGAGGUUUUCAAAUUAGAAGGAUGGGGACCGUGUAAGCUGUGUGUCACAUCCACUGGUGACCUCCUGGUUACUAUGUUCAGUUAUGAUGAAACUCAGUCAAAAGUUGUCCGUUACUCGGGAUCUACAGAGAAACAAACCAUUCAAUUUGAUGAUGAAGGAAAACCUCUGUACUCAGGGAAUCAAUAUAGUAAAUACAUCACUGAGAACAGAAACCAUGACAUCUGUGUAGCUGACUGGGCGGCUGGUGCAGUAGUGGUGGUUAAUCAGGACGGGGAACUCAGAUGGAGAUACACCGGUCGUCUCACAGAUACCAAGAACAAACAAUUUAGACCCUGGGGUAUCACAACAGACAGUCAGAGUCGUAUCCUAACAGCAGACUGGAGCAACCUUUGUAUCCACAUUCUGGAUCAGAAUGGACAGUUUCUCCGUUACAUUGAUAACUGUGGUCUGGAGGAUCCUUAUGGUUUAUGCAACAACGGACUGUACUACAUCAUGCAGGUGAUAUCCAAACUCCUGGACCCUAAAACCUCGGAGCACACUGCCUCCUUUGUAGGGCGACUGGUCUCCAUAGUGAUCACCAAGGUCGGGAACCAGCUCGGCGAGAACCUGGACCUGAUGUUGAGACUGGUCCUCAGCAAGAUGCAGCAAGCAGAGACCCUCAGUGUGAUGGAGAGUUUGGUGAUGGUGUUUGCCCAGCUGAUGAUCAGUAACAUGCCCGCUGUGCUUGACUUCCUGACCAACGUCCCAGGCCCCACCGGGAAACCCGCCCUUGAGUUUGUUCUCACAGAGUGGUGCUCCCGACAGCAUCUCUUCUACGGCAAUUACGAAAGAAAAGUCUGCACCGUUGCCCUGUGUAAGCUGUUGCUACAUGCGAUACAGGCCAACGACACCAGACUGCAGGAGAUCAUGAUCCAAGGGGAGGAAGUGGAGCAGCCAACUUCAGGGAUUAGAACCAGGUCCAAAACCGCCAACCAACCAGUUCAAUGGACCACCAUUCCAGUUCUGGUCAAGAUCUAUAAACUGCUCAUCAACGAACUGUCCAACCAGAUAGAGACAAACAUGUGUAAGGCCGGCAAGGAAGAUGAGGAUGAAGAGGAAGACGACUGGGAAGAUGAAGAUGCUGAUGGUGAGGAAGACAUCCAGCUGAGGGGGCAGACUCUGUCUGACCCGAUUGACAGUAUGGCGGCCGAGUUCAAUGGGUAUGAUGUUGAUGAGGAGGAGGAAGAGGACCCCGAUUUCUCCAAAGACCCGACCUACCAGAUAGAUUUACAGCUUGCCAACCUGGAUGGAGGAUAUGAGAAACUUACAAAAACAAUGUCCAAACAAGGAGAGCAAUGGCACAGAGAAAUCGACUUCAUCAUCAAUAAAAUGAAAAUUGAAAUCAGCGAGAUAAAAAUAAAACACAGAGACAUUCUACAGAAACACUUGGAUGAAAUUAAACAGAUACAGUCUCUCAUAAAAGAAGCAUUACAUACCUUAAAGGAAAUGGAAUAUUCCACGGAAGUAUUUCCAAUCAUUGAAUACAGUUCUAAGGUCAGAGAGUUUAGCAAGCUUCCACCCAAGGUCCAGGUAUCGCUGCCAACAUUUAUUUCAAAACCAAUAGAUCGCGAGAAGCUGUGUAGUUUGGUUGGACAGAUCACCCCAUUAUCUACUGCUACAGAAGAAAAUGUCUUGUCACUAAACAAACCCACCACUUCAGUCAGAGAACUACUGGAUGAACCGGAGCUUGUUACCACAAUACAGACUGGAUAUUUAAAACAACGCAAUGUUACAUGUACUUGUCUUCAUGAUGGUAGUAUAUGGACAAGUGGAGAGACCAAUGAUAUCAAAUGCUUCAACAGUAAAGGUUCACUCCUCCAAACAAUCAAAACAAACUCAGAAAAAGGGCCAAAUGAUAUAGUUGUAGACAAUAGUGGUGAUCUACUAUUAUCCAAUCGGAAAGCAGGGAAAUUAAAUAAAAUAAAGAAUGGACAGACAGAAGAGUUUUUUAAAUUACAAGGAUGGGGACCAUGUAAUCUGUGUGUCACUUCUACAGGUGAUCUCCUGCUUACCAUGUGCAGUGAUGAUUGGACUCAAUCCAAAGUUGUCUGUUACUCGGGAUCUACAUGCAAACAAACAAUUCAGUUUGAUGAUGAAGGUAAACCUCUGUACUCCGGGAAUGCCAAGAUUAAAUACAUCACAGAAAACAGAAACCACGACAUCUGUGUAGCUGACUGCGGGGCUGGUGCAGUAGUGGUGGUUAAUCAGGCCGGGAAACUGAGAUGGAGAUACACUGGUCAUCCCUCAAUAACCAAGAACAAAACAUUUAAACCCCGUGGUAUCACAACAGACAGUCAGAGUCAUAUCCUAAUAGCAGACGGUGACAACCAUUGUAUCCACAUUCUAGAUCAGAAUGGACAGUUUCUCCGUUACAUUGAUAACUGUGAUCUGAAUAUUCCUUACGGUUUAUGUGUGGACAAUAAUGACAAUCUGUUUGUGUGCGAGUUAUAUAAAAGCAAUGUAAAGAAAAUUAAAUAUUUAACAUAGACGGCCGGUUUUUGAUAAUUAUAAAAAGCAACUUUUUUAAAUGUACAUUGAAUACUUUAUUUUAACAUUUUAUUUCAAUUCACCGAGAUAUCAAAGUUAAUUGUUUUUGUCCCCGGGAACAAAUAAUUAACUGCUCUAACCGACAACCAAGGCUCAUGUGUAUGACAUUAUGAUUUGAAAAUG